AUGAUACCCCUCCGGUCGUUUGUGACGUCGUCAGUGAGAUGCCUGGUUAAGCAUGGCUCAGGCAAGGGACAGCUUUCGAAGCCCCACUAUUCGAACCCCGGGGUGCGUUCGUUCGAUAAGAAUUUGCCGGCAAAGGAGCUCAAGCCGUGGGAAAAAGCUGGUCUCUCCAAGGAUGAGUUCUUCAUGAGAAAAUACAACAAUAUCACCCCUGAACAACGACAAAAGCUUACGGAAAAGGUCGAACGCCAACGACGGUACCGCCAGAUGCGUAAGGACCACGAGAAGUCUAAGUUUCUUGAGGCCCACCCCGAACGGCUAUCUCAAGGACCUCGCGAGCCAAACCGCCUUUUUGAGUAUAUCUUCGGCACUCACAGUGUUCGAGCGGCGUUGGAGAACCCUCUGAGAACAUCCUAUAACGCAUUAUUCGUUCAUAAUGGUGAUGAAGCCGUGGUGGAUAAGGCAAAGCAGUUGGGCAUUCGCAUCAUCAAGGCCGAUAAGACCUCGAUGGCGAAAUUGACCCGAAAUGGCGUUCAUAACGGGCUUGUCCUCGAGACGAAACUGGUACCUCGGACAGCAUUGAAGGAGCUUGGCCAUGCCACCACUGAUGAAUUUGAAACUGUGGUGUACGCUGAUGAUAUUUCCGAUACAGUCACCACUCAAACUACACCGGUAGCCCGGGCGGGUAAAUAUCCCGUGGGCUUUUUGCUUGACGGUAUUACCGAUCCGAUGAAUGUAGGUGGUAUUGUCAGAACUGCCUAUUACAUGGGUGUUGACUUUGUCGUGGUACCCGAAGUGAACUCGGCCAAGAUGGGACCCGUAGCCAAUAAGGCCAGUGUGGGAGCGUUGGAAAAGCUUCCGGUAUAUGUGACGCCUAGAGUGGUGGAUUUCGUCAAACACUCGAAACGGAACGGGUGGAACAUUAUUACCGCCGCCAGCGAGUCGCCUCUGUCGUCAGCUUUGCCAGUAGAGCUUUCGCAGUUGUCAGAGAUGGCGGAUACGACGCCGAUACUUUUCGUCCUUGGCCUGGAAGGCGAUGGGGUUGGUCGCAAGACGAUGGCCGAGCUGGAUUUUAUUGUCUCCAUCCCGAAAGGCCGCGAAGGCGACGACGUGGUGGACUCGUUGAAUGUUAGCGUGGCUGCCGGCAUUAUCAUUGCGGCCACAACUCAGGGUUAG